AUGGGGGACAGGGACAUUAGCUUUGGGGUUUUGACAGUUUCCCCACCCCCACGUGUGUUUGGGAGCCCUGGGCUGGCGCGGGGCGGCCCCGGAUGUGACACGGCGUGGCGUGGCCCCAUCCCCCCUGCCUCCACAGGCACCAUCUGCGUCCUGCUGUCCUUCCCGUUCAUCUUCAGCCCGUGCCUGGGCUGCGGGGAGCGCACGCCCGAGUGGGUGGCCCUGCUCUACUACGCGCCCUUCAUCGUCAUCUUCCAGUUCGGCUGGGCCGCCACGCAGGUCGCCCACCUCAGCCUCAUCCCCGUGCUGGCCACCACCGACCACGAGAAGGUGGAGCUCACCGCCCUCAGGUACGCCUUCACCGUGGUGGCCAACAUCGCCGUCUUUGGCGCUGCCUGGCUGCUCCUCCACCUGCAGGCCCCUGCCCGGGACGUGGAUGUGGGUGACCAGCUGGGGGCCCAGGAUGUGCCCGUGUUCCGGAACCUGGCCCUGCUGGUGGUGGGUGUGGGCGCCGCCUUCUCACUGCUCUUCCACCUGGGCACCAGGGAGGGGCGCCCGCGGAGGGCGGAGGAGCCCGACGAGCGCAGCCCUCUGCUGGCCCCCUCAGCCCGGCCCUUGCUGCUCUGGAAGCACUGGCUGCAGGAGCCAGCUUUCUACCAGGUGGGCGUGCUGUACAUGAGCACCAGGCUCAUCGUGAACCUGUCUCAGACCUACGUGGCCAUGUACCUCACCUACUCCCUCCACCUGCCCAAGAAGUUCAUCGCCACCAUUCCCCUGGUGAUGUACCUCAGCGGCUUCUGCUCCUCCUUCCUCAUGAAGCCGGUCAACAAGUACAUGGGGCGGAACCUGACUUACUUCGCCGGCCUCCUGGUGAUCCUGGCCUUCGCCGCCUGGGUGGCGCUGGCGGACACGCUGGGCCUGGCCGUGUACGCGGCGGCGGUGCUGCUGGGCGCCGGCUCUGCCACCAUCCUCGUCACCUCGCUGGCCAUGACAGCCGACCUCAUCGGCCCCCAUACGGACAGUGGAGCCUUUGUGUAUGGUGCCAUGAGCUUCUCAGAUAAGGUGGCCAACGGGCUGGCGGUCAUGGCUGUGCAGAGCCUGCAUCCCUGCCCCUCGGAGCUGUGCUGCGCGGCCUGCGUGGGCUUCUACCGCUGGGUGAUGGCGGCG